GUCAUCGCGCAACGCUCUCCUUGCGAGAACGUGUCGCGGUGGUGACCCUCGCUUCUUUGGGUAGCUUUACUUGUGGGGGUUAGUUCGCGUUCGGCGAUUGCUCCCUGCGGAGUUGUGAAAGCGAGUCUGCAAGAGGCAAGAGUCAUCGCCACUCCAUCCAUCACUCGGACGCCACAAUGCGAAGUGCGAUGGGGUCCGGAACGCUCAGCCUCGCGCGUCUCCUGCUCGCGUUGGUGCUGAUUUCCCUCCCGCUGCUGCGGCUGCUGCUGCACCGCCUGGGCAACUCCCCCCGAGGCGCCUCUCGUCGCCUCCACCACGGCCACGCCGACGGCGACGUCGUCGAGAGCUACGCCGACGGUCCAAAUGCAAGUUCACCUCCCGGCACGAGUCGCCCCGCGCGCACGCACACGCUCAUCCUGACCACGUUCCGCUCGGGUUCCUCCUUCCUGGGACAGAUAUUCAACCGGCACCCGGACGUGUUCUACCUGCCCGAGCCCGCGUGGCACGUGUGGGACGCGCGGCCCCUCCACGCGGCCGCGGGGAUGCUCGAGAGGCAGGCGGAGGUCGCCUCGCUGCUCGGGUCACUCCUCCAGUGCCGCGCGGCGGCCCUCGCACCGUACCUGAAGCUCCCCGUCAAUCGUCCACAGCCGCUUCCUCGCCAACACCGUCGGCGUGACGGCGAUGCUGUUGACGGGGAUAAGGAGAAGGAGGAGGAGGAUGGUGAGCAGACGAUGAGGUCUGCCACGCUGUCGCAGCUCUUCCAGUUCUCGGAGAGCCGCGCGCUCUGCGCUCCUCCCGCCUGCAACGCGAGCGCGCAGCCGACGGGACGCGGGGCGCGGAGGAGAACGGGCACGGCCGUGGCCACGGCCGGGGGCAAACGAGACGCGCCCCGGGGCAGCGACUGCCUCCGCGCGUGCGGCGGAGAGAGGCUGGAGCGGGGCGUGCGGGAGUCGUGCCUGGCGCACCAGCACGCCGUCAUCAAGGAGACGCGGCUGAUGGAGCUCGCGGCGCUGCGCGCUCUUCUCGAGGAGCCGGCGCUGCGCCUCCGCGUCGUGCACCUCGUGAGGGACCCCAGGGCCGUGCACCUGUCCAGGGGGCGCGCCUUCCACGACCUCGGCGACGACCUGAGCACGCUGAAGGUCGUCUGCGACGCCAACCACAACAUCAGCCGGAGCAUGCGAGGCCUCGGAGAUAUAUUUGCUGCUGCUGGUGCCGCGGGAGGUGGUUAUGCCGCUGAUGGUGACGAUUCAGAUGACCGCGGUGGUGACGGUGGUGCAGAUCCUGGUGGUGGUGGUGGUUACAAUGAUGUUGGAGGUGGCUCUUUGGAUGACGUGGCGUCCGCGCUGUUGCGCCACCGCUACGCCCUGGUUCGAUACGAGGACCUGGUGCAGGAGCCCGUGGUCGCCCUGCGCCGCCUCUUCAGUUUCGCCGGCAUCAGCGCCGAUCCGCAGCUCCUCUCGUUCGCUCUGAACAUGACGCGCGGCGCCGCGGCGGACGGGCCCGCGUUCUCCGUGCGUCCCAGGGACGCGCUCCGCGUGGCCUCCAAGUGGAGGCAGGAGAUGUCCUUCGAGAGCGUGUCCAGGGUGCAGGAGGCCUGCUCCUCCAUGAUGACGAGCUACGGCUACAGGGCGAUGGGCUCGGAGAGAGAGACGAGGGAGCUCAAGGUGCCCUCUACCUCCCCGCUCGGCGAAGGCCGCGGCUGACCCCACCGCGGGCGAUGACCCUGUGGAGUUAUUGAUGAUGCGGCAAACCCCGACCACCGCAAUGAACCGAGGGUCCUCGACUCGA